AUGGAUGAGAGGUAUGGAUUUAUCAACUCCUGCCUGAAGUCCCUCCUGGUAGAGAAAUUUGGUGAAGAAACAUGGGAAAAACUCAAAACCCAGGCUGGAGUCGAAGACACCUUUAUGACAUAUACAGUGUAUGAUGAUGCUCUUACUGUGAAGUUGGUCCAAGAAGCCUGCAAAAUGCUAAAAGUACCAGAAGAGGCAGUGCUGAAGCUUUUUGGGGAAUACUUUUUUAAUUUCUGCAAAACAUCAGGAUAUGAUAAAAUGCUACGGACACUAGGAGGAAAUUUGAUGGAGUUUAUUGAGAAUCUUGACUCUUUACAUAGCUACCUUGCUUUGUCCUACCAGGAAAUGAAUGCACCAUCAUUUCGAGUGGAAAGGAGAGAUGGGGCAAUGCUCCUCCACUAUUAUUCAGACAGGAAAGGAUUGUGUCACAUUGUUCCAGGAAUUAUUGAAGCUGUAGCCAGAGACUUCUUUGAUUGUGAAGUGUCCCUGGAAAUUCUUGAACAAAAUGUAGAAGAAGAGCGAACUGGGAAGAAGGAGCACGUGGUGUUUAUUAUUUUACAGACAAAUGAAACAGUGAAGCACAACAUCAAAGAGCAAACCAUUUCUGUAUGUGGAGAUGGGUCUCAGAAGGACAAAGAGGUGAUAUUUCAUUCUAUCUGUCUCUAUUCCACAGGGAACCUUUUACAUACCUUUGAACCGCUGUUCCCUAAGAGGCUUUGGCUUGACGAGAAAACCUUCUGCCACGCAUUUCCUUUCCACCUUGUGUUUGACGAAACCCUGAAGAUCAAACAGGCAGGUGUAAACAUUCAGAAAUUUGUACCAAGAUUGCAAAUAAGUGGAACCAGAUUAGAUGAAUAUUUUUCUAUUAUUCAUCCACAAGUCACAUUCACUAUUUCCAGCAUGAAAAAGUUUAUCAAUAGCCAGUUUGUUCUCAAGAUUCGGAGAGAAAUUAUGCCCAAGUCAUUGAAGAAACGGCCUGUGCUGAAGCUCAGAGGACAAAUGAUCUGGAUGGAUUGCAUCCACUGCAUGAUCUACUUGUGCUCACCAAAGCUCCGGAGUUUAGAUGAGUUAGAAGAGCAAGAGAUGCACCUUUCUGACAUCGCCCAGCAUGACCCAACAAGAGACCUCAUCCUCUUCAACCAGCAGCGGCUGGCAGAGAUAGAGCUAUCCAACCAACUUGAGAAAAAAAAGGAAGAGCUCAGGAUUCUUUCUAAAAACCUAGAGAUAGAAAAGAAGAAAUCAGAAGCUUUACUCUAUGCUAUGUUACCAAAACAUGUGGCUAAUCAGCUGAAGGAAGGCAAGAAGGUGGAAGCAGGAGAUUUUAGUUGCUGCACAAUACUUUUCAGUGACGUAGUGACUUUCACAACCAUCUGUUCUGUCUGCGAACCUAUUCAGAUUGUGAACAUGCUUAAUUCAAUGUAUUCCAAGUUUGAUCGACUAACUAGCAUCCAUGGAGUUUAUAAAGUGGAAACCAUUGGUGAUGCCUACAUGGUUGUAGGAGGAGUCCCAGUGCCCGUGCCCAGUCACGCUGAAAGGGUGGCUAAUUUUGCCCUUGGCAUGAGAAUUGCUGCAGGAGAAGUUAUGAACCCUAUUACCACUAGACCUAUACAGAUUAGAAUUGGGAUACACACUGGACCAGUGUUGGCUGGGGUAGUUGGGGAGAAAAUGCCCAGAUACUGUUUAUUUGGUGACACCGUCAAUACAGCUUCUAGGAUGGAAAGCCAUGGACUGCCGGACAAAAUCCAUAUCAGCUCCACAGCAUUCGAAGCACUCCCUCCUCAAGUGUUUGAGACAGUGGAAAGGGGAGCCAUAGAGGUGAAAGGCAAAGGGAAAAUGACAACCUAUUUUCUGAAGCAAAAUCUCAGUGCUACUGAGGAUGAAAUAAUGGGACGGUCUGUCAAGUCUCCCUCCCUCCAUUCUCUCAUCCACCUUAACCUGUUCUGUUCCUUGCCCUUUCCUCUUGCUUCUGCUCCCAUUCAGUGUCAUUAG